CCUCCCGUCCCCCUUGCGCAUGCGUACACCCGAGAGAGCAAACCUACUGGAAACGACUUCCGAGACGAAACACCCACGGGUUCUAAAUGCACUUGUGGUGAAAUUUGCUCAUUUAUUUACAGAACUAUUACACUUACUCAACCCGUGGUCACUGUACUAUUGUUUGUGGCAGAAUUCAUGUUGGUUUAAUCUUUUAUUUCGAAAUACAUUCGGAAGUGGUCGCUGUCUCGGAAAAGCGCAACGCCGCUUCGCUGGACUCAUCCAUUUUCCUGGGAAAAAAAUCCUUUUCCAUUUGACUCUUUGCUCCCCCUGACCGUCUUCAAAUGACAUUCGAGACAAUUCGGGGAGUUUGCUGAGCUGCCAGGAUCGAAAAAGUCAUGCUGGCCCUUCCCCCGCCGGAAGUGACGCCACCUGCACCCCCAUCAGCUGACAACAAUGUCUACGGAGCCCCGCAAGCGAUCGCUCCUCAGGGUCGUCAGCGGCGGCAACCCGGCCCUCGGCCCAGCUGUCCUUGCGCGGCGCUCUUGCCCCGCCUCCUGGCCACCCACAGGAUGGAAGUGCGGCGUCUCCUGCGAGGGGCGCUGGCGUCGUUGGCCCGGCGAGUGGACGCUUUGGAGCGAACGGCUGGCGGCGGCAGGAGGAAGAGCCCCGAGAGACGCGCCGUGCCGCGAGCUGACUGUCGCAGAGGGCCGGCACCAUUCCCCAGGCCGCCGUCCUCUUCCGUCGCCCCGGAGAGCUCGCCGCCGCUUUGUCCCAGGGACGGCGAGAGCCGAGUGGAGGGGAGGGGCGUCAAGAGGAGGAGGAACCACAGAGGAGGAGAGGGGGACCGGCGACUCGGGAGGUUCGUAGGCCGGUUGGCCGUCCGCCCGGCGGGAGACGGGGCUCCUGACCGGGCCACCCUCACGCUCCUCAACUUGGAGCCCGGAAGUCCGGAGCAAGGUGGCCAAUCGCUCAAGGGUGUCAGCCUGGUUUUGGGCCGCAACGGUUACAGCUUCUGUCCUUUUGACUUGCUGCGAUCCACCAGCGGCCGAUGGACGGCCUGCCGCCGCUCUUCCGGCUCGACGCCGCCGCCCCCUCUGUUGCCCUGCUCGGCCGCCUCCCUGCUACGUCUGUCUGCGACGGCCCUGGCGACGCUCGGGGGCGGGACCCACUGGAAUCUCUGGCGGCCCCUGAGCGACUGGACGGCCCCACCCAGUCUCGCCGUCGAUCACUGUUACAUCCAAGAAGCUGACCUCAGGGCGCCAGAAGCAGACAGAAGAGCCGAUUCCCGGAAGCGCCUCCUCGCCCCGCCUCUUCCUCCUUGCGCCGAGGCGGUCGCGUCGCCUCCGCUCCCGGUCGCCCAGUCGGCAAGUGGGUGCAAGCAGAAAGCCGGACGCGUCUCGCGGAUCCGGAUCAGCCGAGCGGCGCCGCGAGAGAUCCCGCUCACGCCCAUGGGCCUGCCCAAGGUCAAAAGGUUGAAUAAGAAGGAGUUCAGCGUGGAGGAGAUUUACACCAACAAGAAUUACAAAUGUCCCGCCAACAACAGGACUCUGGAGACCAUCUUUGAGGAGCCUCGGGAGAAGGACGGAGCCUUGCUCCUCAUUGGCCAGCAGAGGCGGCGCAGGCUUCUCCUCUUCCCGGACUUCACUCAACCCAGAAAGAGGAAACGAGCGCAAGGUGUUGGACUUCCCGUCGCGGUGCCCAGAAAACGCGUCGUUCGGCGUCAGUACCGCGCGGGGCGCAGCGUCGACGACCAGUCGGACCUGGACGUGAUGCUGGUGCAGAGACUGAGCGCGCUGGAAGACUUCCUGACUGCUCAGGGUUUGGACGUGUGAGCGCACUUCCUGUGUAAAAGUUGUUCAAGUGAAACGUGUAUAUUUCUGGAAUGAAUAAAGUUUGCUCAAGUGGU